GCGACGCGGUGACGUUCUUUCCUCGCGGGGCCGCGCACGCUCACGCUCGCCUGGGUUGUUGCUCUGUGUGUGUUUCUCAGAAGCGGAGAAGGAGAAGCGGUUUCUGUUUGUAUAUGCUGCUGGGUUUGGGCCGUCGGAUUCUGUUGUCGUCGUCGGUCACAGGAGUAAUCCCUAAAACGCAAUUCGCGCUCUCGAAUCCCGCUCGCCUCCGUUUCGUGACCCGUUUGACUGUCAAACCGGCGAUUUACCGCACCGUCACCGCCAGCACCAGCAACCGAACCCAAGUCUCAAGCACCAUGCCAGAGAAGCGGCCCUUCGAACGGUUACCUACCGACGUCUCCCCCGUCAACUACGGGCUCUCUCUGAAACCCGACCUCAUCGACUUUACUUUCGAGGGCAAACUGGAGGCUACUGUCGAGGUUACACAUACAACCAAUCAGAUUGUUAUGAACUGUGCUGAUAUUGACAUCAUUACAGCAUCUUUUGUACCAGAAGGAGGGGAAGAGAUAAACGCAACAGGCUUCAACUAUCAAAAUGAGGACGAAAAAGUGACCUUGUCAUUCCCCAGUGCUCUUCAGAAAGGUUCUGGUACGCUGAAAAUAGAUUUUGUUGGAGAACUUAAUGAUAAAAUGAAAGGGUUUUAUAGAAGUAAAUAUGCAAUUCCAUCAGGAGAAAUCCGCUAUGCUGCUGUCACACAGUUUGAGGCUACAGAUGCUCGGAGAGCCUUCCCUUGCUGGGACGAGCCAGCUAUUAAAGCAACUUUUGACAUCACCUUGAUUGUUCCAAAGGAUCGCACCGCUUUGUCAAACAUGAAUGUUAUUGAUCGAAAGCCAUGUCCAGAUGAUGAAAAUCUUUCAGAAGUGAAGUUCGCUAGAACCCCGAUCAUGUCCACAUACCUAGUAGCAUUUGUAGUUGGCGAAUAUGACUAUGUUGAAACCAAGUCAUCCGAUGGUGUAAUAGUUCGGGUGUACACACCAAUUGGAAAAGGAGAACAAGGAAGAUUUGCAUUAGAGGUUGCAGCUAAGACUUUACCUUUUUACAAAGACUAUUUCAACGUUCCAUACCCGCUACCUAAAAUUGAUCUCAUAGCUAUUGCUGACUUUGCAGCUGGUGCCAUGGAGAACUGGGGCCUUGUUACGUACAGAGAGACAGCCCUGCUUAUUGAUCCAAAGAACUCCUGUUCCUCUUCCCGGCAGUGGGUCGCUCUGGUGGUCGGGCACGAACUUGCUCAUCAGUGGUUUGGAAAUCUAGUCACAAUGGAGUGGUGGACUCACCUGUGGUUAAAUGAGGGCUUUGCCUCCUGGAUAGAGUACUUGUGUGUGGACCACUGCUUUCCUGAGUAUGACAUCUGGACUCAGUUUGUGUCGGCAGACUACACACGUGCACUUGAUUUAGAUGCUCUGGACAACAGCCACCCCAUUGAGGUCAAUGUUGGACACCCCUCGGAAGUUGAUGAAAUCUUUGACGCUAUAUCCUACAGUAAAGGAGCUUCAGUUAUCCGUAUGCUGCAUGACUACAUUGGAGAUGAGGACUUCAGGAAAGGAAUGAAUGCGUACCUAUUAAAGUUCCAAAAUAAAAAUGCAUCAACAGAGGAUUUGUGGGACUGUCUAGAACAAUUUAGUGGGAAGCCAAUAGCUGCUGUUAUGAAUUCAUGGACCAAACAAAUGGGAUUUCCAAUUAUUCUUGUGGAACAAGAGCAGCAAGGAGAUGACAGAGUGCUGAAAUUGUCACAGAAGAAAUUCUGCGCCAGUGGACCGUACAGCGGAGAUGAGUGCCAUAAGUGGAUGGUUCCUAUCAGCAUUUGCACCAGCGAUGCCCCAACCUGCAUCAAGAUGAAUGUGCUGCUGGAUUGUGCUGAAGUUACCAUAACUGUGAAAAAUGUGGCGCCGGAUCAGUGGGUCAAGAUAAACCCAGGAACUGUUGGCUUCUAUCGAAUUCAAUACAGCUCCACAAUGUUGGAAAGUUUAAUUCCUGGAAUCAGAGACCUCACUCUGCUCCCCGUGGACAGGCUAGGUCUGCAAAACGAUCUCUUCUCGCUGGCCCGAGCAGGUAUGAUUAGCACCGUGGAAGUACUGAAGGUGAUGGAGGCUUUUGUAAACGAGCCCAAUUACACCGUGUGGAGCGACCUGAGCUGCAAUCUGGGCAUCCUGUCCACUUUACUCGCCAACAACGAUUACCACGAAGAGAUCCAGGAGUUCAUAAGAGAUCUCUUUACACCCAUUGGGCAGAAGCUGGGCUGGGACACUAAACCUGGAGAGGGUCACUUGGAUGCCUUGCUUAGGGGCUUGGUGCUUGGAAAGCUGGGAAAAGCUGGACACAAACCCACUCUGGAGGAAGCGCGUCGCCGGUUCAGGGAGCAUGUUGAUGGAAAACAAAUACUGCCCGCUGAUCUGAGGAGUCCGGUCUAUUUAACAGUUUUGAAACAUGGAGAUAGUGCAACAUUGGACACCAUGCUUAAGCUUCACAAACAGGCUGACAUGCAGGAGGAGAGAAACCGUAUUGAGAGAGUACUCGGGGCUAUUGCAGCACCUGAUCUCAUUCAGAAAGUUCUAAGCUUUGCUCUGUCGGAGGAGGUGCGUCCUCAGGACACCGUCUCUGUGAUUGGGGGCGUCGCUGGCAGCAGUAAGCAUGGGAGAAAGGCAGCCUGGAAAUUUGUAAGGGACAAUUGGGAGGAACUGCACAACCGCUACCAGGGCGGCUUCCUCAUAUCCCGAUUAAUUAAGCUUUCAGUCGAUGGCUUUGCUGUUGAGAAGAUGGCUGCUGAAGUGAAGUCCUUCUUUGAAAGCCACCCUGCACCUGCAGCUGAGCGUACAAUACAGCAGUGCUGUGAAAACAUCCUGCUGAAUGCAGCCUGGCUGAAGCGCGACUCGGAGCUGAUACACGAGUAUCUACUGCAGCGCAAGGCCCCUCCGGCAGCCAAGGUCUGACCCCGCGGAGCCACAUUCUCACCAUCCUGAGAGGGGAAGGGGGGGCCAGCAACGAAAUCCUGAGUCAUUUCUCCAAAAAACGAGCAGAAAACUGGUUGGACAAUGAAUGUAGUUAAUCCCAUUCUGCCCACACAAGGUUAUAUUCAUCAUUUAGGCAUAGCAGAUCAAAGUACGCUUGCUAUAAAAGGAAGAGAAAAACUGUACCAAAAAAUAAUUAAAGCAUACACAAUAUGAACAGUGAAACCUUUGCAAUGUUGCAAUGUGAAAGAUUAUGUAUUUUUAUAUAUAUAUAUAUAUAUAUAUAUAUAUAUAUAUAAUAUAUAUAUAUUUAUAGAGUAAUUUGUUUCCCUUGCUAAAUCUAAAUUGAAUAACAAAAAACCUAAAAGGAGCUGUGUGUAUGACAGCCAUGUUAUGAAUUAGUUUUGUUCGGUGAAGUUGGGCAGGAUGGGGUUAAUAGCUCUGUGCUUUGUAAGGAGUUUGUACAAAAAAAACAACACAGCACUGAAUUGUAUUGUUGAGAACGGUUUUUUGGAGAUGGCAGCCGCAGGCGUGGAACUUGAUAUAAAUCCAGUGUUUGUUUUUGCAAGACUUCUCACACACAAGAAAGGCGGUGUAUAUGUUAUUUUUCACCAUGUUACCCCUUCCCAGAGGGAAUUUGUUACUCAUUUUAUCAGUUCCGAACCUCAUUUUAACUGAUUGAUGUCCUCCUUAAAACAACAGAAAAGAGUCAAUAAAAAAGAAAAAAAACUGUGUUUAACCAUCUGUGUAUCAGCCACAUUAAAUAAGAUAAAAACUAUUUCUGAUUUUUAUUAGUUGAGGUUUGUUUAAAAAAUGGAUGUGAAACUUCCCAAGAGCUGGCAAUUUUUUUUAAAUGAUCAGGGCCUUUUUAGGUGAAGUUUACAGGUAACAUAUAGUUUUAAAAUGUGCAACGGUCUGUAUGUUUGCCAUAACAACAGUUAACACUAGUUUAUUAUUUUUGUUUUAAUUGCAAGUAUAUCAAUUCAGAAGCCUUAAAUUGGUUCAACUGGUUUGCAAUAAUUAUUACACUGUGAAGUGGUAAUAGUUACUACACUGAAAAUAAAGCAAUGUUGUACUAACAUUAUAAAUCUACAUAGAAAAUUGUUGAAAGGGUAUAUUUAAAUAAAUAGAAUUGGCUAUUUAGUGUGGCUUUUAACCAUACUGGACAAACUAAUUGUCAGACUGCUUCCAUGAAACGUGUUGUGAUUUUGUUUUAAGAAGAAAAAAUAAACAAAAAACAGUUGAUGUUCAUAAAAAUUAAAACAAAACAAAAAAAUGGUCAAUGUGAAAUGGGUUGUUUUGCUUUUUGUUUUUCUUAUUUUUGGCACAUGUCUUAUGGCUGUGGCCUGUAUCCUUGAUCUUCAGAUUUCUCAAGUCACCAAGCACCAUCAUUGCUUACGACAGGUAAUGUACUGUAAAAAACAAACUGUGCUUUACAAAAAUAAAAAAAAUACCGCUAUAUGGAAAAGUGUAAACCUUCCCUUUAAUAAACAAAUAUAGGAAUUAAAAAAAGAA